UUGUUGUUGUUGUUAUUGUUUCAACCUUCUUCUUCUCCUUGGCAUGCAAACAUUUGGUGUGUAAAUGUGAGAAUGAACGUAAAUGAGUGCGUUCUCCUGGCGGGCACAGCUCUCUCUCCCCUCCGCGUCCCCGGAUACCAAAGUGGGGCAAUGAGACGAGCCGCGCCGCAGCUGGCAAAUCAUCGAUUUGAGCAUCAUGCGAACGGGGAGGGGCGCUUCAUUUACCUGCCACCCCUUCAUCUCAAAGCAGCCCUCCUUGCUCACAUGCCGCCACUCUUCUCUCCUCUCCUCUUCUCCACUUCACCCACGCUGCCCGCAGCGCACGGUUGUUUGCGUUUUCUGCGCUCCGUGUGCGCUCCUUCAACUUCAACCUCUCCCCGCCUGUGCGGUCGCCACAAGACCACCCCCUCCUCCACCUCCUCCUCUUCCUCUUUCUCCUCCUCAUUCGUCGGACUUUUGACUUUUCAGAGCAGCUUUUCCUCCCACAGAGCAGUCGCCUAUUUUUGGAUCUCUCGCCGUGGAGCGCAGAAAAAGGGAGGCUGUUCAACUUUUGAUGGAAAACAGGAGGUCGAGCGGCUGCUGACUUUAAAGAUCUCUGGCAGCUCAAGGUGCUGUGGCUUAUCUGGUGAUAGUGAGCUGAGGUGCUGAGGAUGAUGGAACAUCUCAGCGAGUCGAGUCUGGGCAAGGAGAACUCAGAGCUAGUCGUAGGCGGCCUGUGUGAAGCCAAGGCCCCGCCGGCCAAGCUGCCGCGGCUGGAGCAGAACGGCAGCCCCCUGGGCAGGGCCAGGCUGGGCAGCGCCGGGGCCAAGCUCGCUGGGGUCCCAUACAAACCUGCUGGCCACCUGCUGAAAGCCUGCCACAAGAGAGGCAACAUGCUGCCGGUGUUCUGCGUGGUCGAGCACUACGAGAACCCCAUGGACUUUGACAGCAAGGAGGAACAUGCCGAGUUUGUCCUGGUACGCAAGGACAUGCUCUUCAACCAGCUCAUCGAGAUGGCCCUGCUGUCGCUGGGCUACUCCCACAGCUCUGCAGCUCAGGCCAAAGGUAUGAUCCAGGUGGGGAAGUGGAACCCCGUCCCGCUGUCGUACGUGACAGACGCGCCCGACGCCACCGUGGCCGACAUGCUGCAGGAUGUCUACCACGUGGUCACGCUUAAGAUCCAGCUGCACAGUUGUCCUAAGCUGGAGGACCUGCCGCCCGAGCAAUGGAGCCACUCUACAGUAAGAAACGCCCUCAAGGAGUUACUCAAAGACAUGAAUCAGAGCUCUCUGGCUAAAGAAUGCCCUUUAUCACAGAGUAUGAUUUCCUCCAUUGUGAACAGCACUUACUAUGCAAAUGUGUCGGCGGCAAAGUGUCAGGAAUUUGGGCGCUGGUAUAAACAUUUCAAGAAGACAAAAGAUAUGAUGGGCAUGCGCCAACCCUCCCAGCUGGAGGGCUACCUGGGGACGUGUGUCCUCCGUGAGAGCCCACGUGCCAAUGCACUAGCGGAGAUGGACGGCCUGUCGGACCUCUCCCCUCCCGGCUCCAACCACAACCACAACCACAACCAUCUGGGUUUCUCCCAGCAGCAGCCCAUCCCCGGCAGCACCGCAGAGCAGACUCCAUCCUCACCCGUGCCACCACUGCCACACGCUCCACCACACAGCGGCCAAACUGGCGGCCGGCAGCCGCAGCUUACCGGCCUGCACCAUCCGGGGUUGGUGUCCACACCCAUCAGCCCCCAGCUGGUCAACCAGCAGCUUGUGAUGGCGCAGAUCCUCAACCAGCAGUAUGCGGUGAACCGGCUGCUGGCGCAGCAGUCCUUGUCGCAGCAGUACCUCAACCACCCACCUGUAAACCGCAGCUCCCACACCAAGCCCCUGGAGCCUCAAAUGGGGUCCAACACGGAGGUUUCCUCUGAGAUUUACCAGUGGGUAAGGGACGAACUAAAGCGGGCCGGCAUCUCGCAGGCCGUCUUUGCCCGGGUGGCCUUCAACAGAACCCAGGGCUUAUUGUCCGAGAUCCUGCGUAAGGAAGAGGACCCCAAGACGGCAUCCCAGUCGCUGCUGGUCAACCUGCGUGCAAUGCAGAACUUCCUGCAGCUGCCAGAGGCGGAGCGCGACCGCAUCUAUCAGGAAGAGAGGGAGCGGAGCCUCACAGCAGCAUCUGCGAUGGGUGCCACUCCCCUCAUCAGCACGCCAACCAGUCGACCCCUACAGCCUCGGAGGGAAGACAGCAACAGCGUGAGGCCGGAGGACUGGAAUCCCCGAAUCCCAGUGGGCAUUUCUCCUGUGAGCACACAGCGUCACCCACUCACCCCUCCAACCGCAACACUGCAAAAUGUAAAACCGUCGCCUCUGCCGAACGAGUGGAACGGCAAAACCGAGAACUGCAUCUUGAACAUCACCUCCACCAUCUAUGACGAGAUCCAGCAGGAGAUGAAGCGGGCCAAGGUGUCCCAGGCCCUGUUCGCCAAGGUGGCUGCGUCCAAGAGCCAGGGCUGGCUCUGUGAGCUGCUGCGUUGGAAAGAGGAUCCGUCUCCAGAGAACCGGACACUUUGGGAAAACCUGUCCAUGAUCCGUCGGUUCCUGAGCCUCUCGCAGGCCGAGCGCGACGCCAUCUACGAGCAGGAGAGCAGCGCCGGGCAGCAGCACCACAACGAGCGGCCGUCGCACCUCAUACACGUUUCCACCGACCAGCUUCAGAUACACGGCCAGUUGUUUCACAAAGACUCUCAUUUACUGGAUAUAAAUAAGGCUCAACUGCCUCAGACUCAACAGCAGCUCCAGCCUUCCUUGUCCCUCCACCCCUCCCAGCCUCUUUUAUCCCAACAGCCCUUGCAGCAACAGCAGAGCAACGCUGGCCCCCGACUGCCGCCCCGUCAGCCAUCCACCGCCUCCCCGGCCGAGACGGAGGACGAAGGCAGCCGCAGCGCCAAGUCCCGCUGCAGUGGAGGGAAGAUCUCCCUGGAAUCUCUGGGAAUCCUGCAGAGCUUCAUCCAGGACGUGGGCCUGUACCCGGACGAGGAGGCCAUCCACACCCUGUCGGCCCAGCUGGACCUGCCCAAGCUCACCAUCAUCAAGUUCUUCCAGAACCAGCGAUUUUACGUCAAUCACUCGAACAAGGCAACAAAGGACCCCAGCGCUAACAACACCACCAACUGCGGUAGCACGCCAGCGAACACCAGCAGCAGCAGCAGCAGCAGGAGCAGCCCCGCCUUCGAGGAGGAGCUGACGGACCUCAGGGAGAGCGGAGAGCUGCUGAAGGAGCUGGACGAGAGCACGCAGACUACCGCUACAAUCUUCUCCAUUAAGAUGGAGGAGCACCUGGGCCGGGGCACCGAGGUCCAGUCUGAGUCCGAACACGAGGUCAAGUAGGACUCCAAUGGGACCCAGACAGACCCCACAGACUGAUGACCGUGCUGAUAAUAACGCUCGUCCACACACUGAACACGAGGAGUUGCCGCGAUUUCGUCCGGACCAAUGAGACACGGAGAUAUGGAAACAUGUGAUCACACACUGGAAAGCCCAUCUCAGACUAUGUACAACCAGUACUACUUUUUGGAUUUUGUAAAACUUGUAAUAAUCACUGUAAAGACUGAAGCAUCAUUUUAAUAACCUGCACAAAAGAAAAAAAAGUUAUUGUAAUUAUGUUGCCGUGGAUAUUUGCUGGCUGCACUCGAUGUACGUCGUUUUACACUGACUUCUCUUUUUGAGCUACUGAUUAUAUUCAGAAAGGAAAAAAAAAAGUUCCCCAGGAGUUCGAUAGGUGUUUACGUAUGUAAAAAAAAUUUUUUAAGCAAAUGAAAUCAAGAGCCAAGUGGUUGUCAAGGCCUUAAUCAUGAGGUAUGAAGUCUGGGGCCUGCUGGAGGAUAAGUUAUUCUUUUACAAAAGAUCGUAAUGUGAUUCUGGAUCACGGCAAUCACCCAGAGCCCAGGUGCAUCUCCGAGAAGAGCUCAAUCUGUACUUAUUAUCUGUUAGGGAAGAAUUAUAAAUAUAUAUAGACAUUAUAUUGUAACUGUAAAAAAAAGUACAGUCUUAAAGAAACUAUGCCAACAAAUGCCUUGUACUAUACGGCACUGCCGAUGUUAGAUUAUUUUGCAAAACCUUCGUCACUGUAACUUGUGAAAUGCCACACAGUUAGAAAUGUGAAUGGAUGAAAUGUUCUGUUGUCAAACGUUAUUUAUUUGCGGUUCAUGCAGUGUUUCUGAUGUAAUUAUUACAGUUUUUAUUUUGAAACUUUGUCACUUUCCCCCUUUUUUUUUUUUUACAAAAAUCUCCACCAGUUUUGUUACUAUUUAUAAGUGUACUCCAAUGGGCAGUAUAAACAAAAAGUGUCUUAAACAGAGAAGCGUGCUUUAAAGGUUGCCUAUAAAGUGCUGUCCGUCGAGCAAAUCAUGCUACAAGCUUCACUAUUAUUGUUGUAUGCAAUUUUUACUAUCAUGCAAAUAAGCUUAGGUGGAACGACUAACCUGUUGGCGAGUUUAGAAAGAGAGUUAAAAAGAAAAAAACAUAUGCAAUCCGUGUGAGGUCUGAUGUCUGCGACGCGUCUUCCUAUGGUCAACGAUCUGAUUGGGAAAGCUCUGGCUGUGUAAAGAUCCUGUACAAUAAGUGUUUCCUUUUUUUAAAGCUUUCAUUUCAACAAGGACACCGGUUAUUUUGUUACAAACUGACUGACUGUUUUGUAAGUGUUUCUCGGUUCGUCUCUGCAGAGAUGUGCUAACUAGAAGUGGUUAUUAAUUGUUAAUUACACAAUUAAAGUGUUUGUAUUGUUACACAGAUUUCUUGGCAUUAACUUGACCAGACUCUUUCGCCCUCUGAGGGUUUUUUAUUUUCUCUUCUUCUCUGGAAACAAAACAUAAGACAAUGUGAAUUGUUUUUAAAAGCCCGCUCAGCUGGGAACACCUGCUGUUUGUAAUAACUGUAAAUAUCACAUGGUAUGGAUCAUUGAUUGUUUAUUAAUGUAAAUAUAUUGGACGUUUGUGUAAGAGCUCAACGUACAAGAUCUGAAUUUUCUGUUGUGCCUCUUCCUCUCAGAGCGACUGUACCUGGGCUCCUUCGAAAUGCUGAGUGUAUCUGAAGCACCUGUGAAAUCUGAAAUAAAUAAAAACAUAAGGUGUGAACACCUGGGAGUUAACAUCAAAAGCA